GUGAUCGAUUGUUAUAAGUUUGUUUGUAAAAUGCACCUUUAAUAUUAAUGUUAAGUCUUCUCCGGCCUCCCGUUGUUUUGUGCUCGGAAGCCUUGGGCUUCCGAGUUUUGCUGCUUGAGCCGCCGAGUUCUCCGGCUGGUCAAGCCUGAUGGAGUUGGCGUGCUCCCUGCUCCGAUGACCUCUGAGGUCUGUCGGUUUUGUAGCCCCUCCGGUGGCUUUUGUUUUUCUGUUUUGUCUGGGUUUUUUCUUGGUUUGUUUGUUUGUUAGCUUGUCUGUUUAUAUGUUUGUGUGCUUUUUUUGGUUGCUGUUUCUUGGUGUGUUUGGUGCAGAUCCGGCGGCCCUCCUUCUCCUCCGGCGGAUCUGUGGCGGCGUGCGUGGGGGCUGCCAGAUCUGACGCCCAUCGCGGCUCUUCUGCUGUUUCUGAGGGGC